GGUUAAGUAGCGUUUUUAGGUUAGCAAUUAUAAUUGAGUUAAUUAAUUAAUUAAAAUGAGUACAGCAAAAAUAAGUGAAAUCAAAAAACAUUUUGUAACAAAUAACAAAAUACGUGAAUAUCCAGCACAUCAAGCAAAAGUGCAUUCUGUAGGCUGGAGCUGCGAUGGAAGGAGACUCGCCUCGGGCUCCUUUGAUAAAUCUGUUUCGAUUUUUACAUUGGAUAAGGAUAGAUUGACAAAGGAGCAUCUUUUCCGGGGGCACACUGGUUCAGUGGAUCAACUAUGUUGGCAUGCAAGUCAACCCGAUUUAUUGAGUACUGCAAGUGGUGAUAAAUCCGUUAGAAUUUGGGAUGCGAGGGUAGCAAAAUGUGCAGCGACAAUAAAUACAAAAGGUGAAAAUAUAAAUAUAACAUGGUCACCUGAUGGAAAUACAAUAGCUGUUGGUAAUAAAGAAGAUUUAGUUACUUUUAUCGAUACCAAAACACAUAAAAUACUUGCGGAAGAACAAUAUAACUUUGAGGUCAAUGAAAUCUCAUGGAACAACAGCAGCAAUUUAUUCUUCCUCACCAAUGGCCAAGGGUGCAUUCAUGUAAUGAGUUAUCCGAAGCUGGAAUUACUGCAUGUAUUAAAAGCACAUCCAGCAACUUGCAUUUGCAUCGAAUUCGAUCCAACUGGAAGAUAUUUUGCAACAGGAUCAGCAGAUGCCUUAGUUUCUUUGUGGGAUGCAGAACAUUUGGCAUGUGUUAGGAUGUUUUCCAGAUUGGAGUGGCCAGUGAGGACGAUAUCGUUUAGCCAUGAUGGACAGUUGUUGGCUUCUGCUUCGGAGGAUUUGUUGAUAGAUAUUGGACAUACAGAAACAGGUGAAAAGAUAGCGGACAUCUCCGUGGACGCGGCCACGUUUACUGUUGCCUGGCAUCCGAAACAAUAUUUAUUAGCAUACGCCUGCGACGACAAAGACAUGUCGAGUACGUACGACAGAAAACGAGAUGCAGGAACAUUGAAAGUUUGGGGCUUUCCCAACGACACAUCGAAAUCUGAUAAAUAGAAAUUAAGUUAAGGGUACAUUGUUUGUAAGUUUUGUAAAUUAAAUUUUAUUUAAGUUCUAAGUUUUAUUAUAAAAUAUAUUGC